UGGUGGUGACCCUGGAGCCUCUGGUCGGAGCUGAAACCUACGUCAACGGGAAGCAGAUCACUGACGCUGUCGUCCUGAAACAAGGCAACCGCAUCGUGAUGGGGAAGAACCACGUGUUCCGCUUCAACCACCCGGAGCAGGCCCGGCUGGAGAGGGAGCGCAGCGCCACGGCCGAGCAGCAGGAGGAGCCAGAGGACUGGAACUACGCCCAGAAGGAGCUGCUGGAGAAGCAAGGCAUCGACAUCAAGCUGGAGAUGGAGAAAAG